AGCAUGUCUGUAAACAUUCCGAUCCGUGGUGCUCUUCCCUUAUUACAUGUUGGAAAUUGUGAUUAUACAAUUUUAAAGCUUCAAAUACAAUCAGACUGAUCUUCGAAAUUGAGUCUGCAAAAGUUGACGGUAAAGGAUCAGGUAAAGUAAUAUUUGUGCAAAAGACCUCUAAUCUAAUCCGCAAUCUUAAACCCUCAUCGUAUAUUAUUAUUAAGACUAAUCAUUUUAUUACAAAAGUCUAUAUGCUAAAUAUUCUCAAGCAUCAGCAUAAGGGCCUUAACAGACCUGAAGAUUAGCCGAGAGACGGCUUAGCGUAAUUAUAAUAGAAAUAAUGGUUAAACUACAUUUCCAUAAUUUUCCACUAAGUCGUCUCUCGGCUUAAGUCGUAAGUGUGUCUAGGCAGGGCAUAACUCUACUUAGCGCCUAAUUCCAGUAAUGUUUCUAAAAUCCUUUCCGUGUUUCUUAGACCCAUAUUUCUGCAUUUAUAGCAAAAUUUCCAGGGGCCCAUCAAGCCUAAUAAAAAGCGAAGAUAUUUUUCACUUUUCCUUGUAAAAAUUUUGCAGCUAUUGCACCGCGACUUAAAGAAAUUUGCUCAUAGUUCUUGUAUUAUUUCAGCGAGCAUUAUGAAAUAUGUAUUUUUAGAUAGCUUUUAGUGCACAAUUUCGAAAUAUAUCAGACUUAUAAGUCAAUUCUCUUUAGGAAAAUACUUCCCAAUAGUCUUCAGUGCCUCUAUGCAGAAACGUAUGGAAAAAUGAAAUGUUGAGAGGCCCCUGAAAAUUUCCGUGUUUUGUGCACAAGUUUCCGAGUAUCAAAACGAUUUAAUGUUUCUAAAAUAACUUCCUGACAAUAAAUAAUUUCUGUAAAUACGUUAUCCCCUCUGGUACUGAGUCAAAUUGCUAUUUCAAAAUUGGCUCGCAAAUAAUUUAAUAUGCUUUGAAAUUAUUUCGGGUAUUUUAAUAAAUUCGAAAUAUUUUCUAAAUUUUGGGGGAAGUGGAGCACCUUUUCAAUUGGGGUACUUUUUUGAAAUUGGAUUUUUUCUCGUAUUUUUAAAACGAAUUGGGGCUUAUUUUAAUGUAAUUUAGCAUUCCAAUUAGUUUGUGGACAUUUAAAAGUAGUUAGUAGGUAGUAAGUAGUUAUAUUUAAAAAUAGGAGAAAAUAUGCUUAAUUUUAAAGCUGCCCCAAUUCAAAGGCGCCCCACUUCUCCCUAUAAAUUAAGAAAAAAUUUAGCAAUCUUGCUAAGUAAUUUUUUCGUAAAUCGUUAUGUUCGUCUGUCUCAUGUUGCCCUGCGCUCCCCUAAACAGUAAAGAAGCACGUUUUAUGCGUAUUAUUUCCCCACUUGAAUCAUAUCUUCUACUCUCGCAUGCUCCCCAUGCUCCACUCCUCAUCCUCGCAUUUGUUCCGACUCCGACGAUUUCGACUGUGCCAGUCUCUCUGAUACAGUCCGAUGAGAAAGGUGUAAAUUUCCUCAAUUUCUUUUUUCACUGUUUUCUCUUUCUGUUCCACCAAAUAAAAAAAGAUAUCUCUUGUGACGUGUCUCUGUACAGCUGAUAGGAAGAACCCAAAUAAAAAGAAUACCCUCCCUGAGAAUGUCUCUGACGAACGUGUAUAUUGUGUCAGCUGCUAGGACACCAAUUGGCAGCUUCAAUGGAUGCUUUUCCAAACUCUCAGCAGCAGAUUUGGGUGCGGUGGUGAUUAAGGAAGUUCUCACACGAGCGAAUGUCAAGGCCGAAGAUGUAUCUGAAGUUAUUUUGGGGCAGGCUCUCACUGCUGGUCAGGGUCAAAAUCCAGGGCGACAGGCAGCACUGGCAGCUGGGAUUCCCUUGGAAACUCCUGCAUAUGUCCUCAAUAUGCUCUGUGGUUCCAGUGUGAAGUCAGUCAUGCUGGGAUAUCAGGCUAUCAGGAGUGGUGAUGCUAAGAUUGUAAUUUGUGGUGGUCAGGAGAGUAUGACAAAAGCACCACAUGCAAUUCACUUGAGGGAAGGUGUUAGGCUGGGACCGGGAACAAUGUUGGAUACAUUGCUUCACGAUGGUCUCACUGAUGCUCAAUAUAACAUCCAUAUGGGCGUCACGGCGGAGAACCUGGCUGAAAAGCAUCGGAUUACACGAGAGGAACAGGAUGCUCAUGCCCUGAAGUCACAGCAAUUGACGGAGGAGAGUCAGAAGAAGGGAUACUUUGACAAGGAAAUUGUUCCAGUCACUGUGAAAGAUCGCAAGGGGGAAAUUAAGAUUACUCAGGAUGAGCAUCCUAAGCAUGGAGCUUCUCUGGCCGAUAUGCAGAAAUUGCGUCCAGCAUUUACAUCCACGGGGACUGUUACUGCAGGAAAUGCCUCGGGGAUUAACGAUUCAGCAGCUGCGGUGCUCUUGAUGGGUGAGGAUGAGAUGAAACGCCGUGGUCUUCAGCCUCUGGCCAGGAUUGUGGCUUUUGCUCAGGGCGGUGUUGAUCCACGUGUUAUGGGAAUUGGUCCAGUGCCAGCUGUCAAUGCGGUUUGCACCAAGGCCGGAUGGAAUAAGAAAGAUGUGGACAUUUUUGAGCUCAAUGAAGCCUUUGCUGCUCAGGCAAUUGCUGUUCAGCGUGAAUUGGAGCUAGAUCCAGCUAAGAUUAACAUCCAGGGUGGUGCUAUUGCCCUUGGGCAUCCCAUUGGUGCUUCAGGAGCCCGAAUCUUGGUCACUCUGUUGUAUGCCAUGGAGCGUACAAAUGCCAAGAAAGGUAUCGCAUCUCUGUGCAUUGGAGGUGGAAUGGGGAUUGCAAUUGCCGUGGAAAGGCCUUAGAGAGAGCUUGGUGGACAGAAAGGACAGGAAGAAUCGAAAGAAUUCAGGAAAUUGUAUGAAAGAAAAUAAAACUAUGGUGUAUUAUUGAUUUUUAA